AUGGAGCCAGAGCGAUCGGUUGUCGAUGAGGCACUAGGUGUGGCUGAUUUCUUGUAUAUUCUUUGGCUAUAGUAUGGGUAAUCAGCGGGGCCACUGAACACAUCUGCCAUGGUUUGAAAUCAAUGAUAAAAAGUGGAGGAUCGGGUAGCAGCAGCAGGCUAAAAAAAUGGCCUGAAAACCGAAGCAGAAUCGCUGUCGGAGAGGAUCAAGGGUUGGUGGAAAUGGAGAAAUAGAAUAGUGAACAGUGCAAGCAGAGGAUAUGUCAAGAGGGAGAGAAAGGAAACAACAACGGUGACGGAAAUUGAGUUCACCUUGCACAGUAAGACUGUGGCAGUAGAUUGUUUGCAGGAGAGUGGAAGGAGACGUGGGAUGGGGGGAUAGUUGCUGCCUGUUGCCCAAUUGCUAGCUGAGGUGGCCUCAUGAGACGAGGAGUAUGUUCGAAAGCCAGGGUGACCAAUGCUCCCAAUUACAAGCGAUAAUUUAGAUUAGGCAGGGGGUCAACGAACACGUGGACUCAGUGAACAAUACAGUAAAAGUGCAUUGGCCAACCGUGAUUUUGCUUUGCAUGUUCGUUGAGCCCCCAUUCUAGUCUACUUUUGUUCCUGAGUCCGAGGUGCAAUUCCUAAUAUCUCAGCUCCCUCCCUACUAACACUCCUCCCUUCAGCUGCAAAGCCUACCCCAAAGGUGUGUUUCGGCCCAGCGGGAACCCUUCCACCCUGCAAUAGCUAAUGAGGUAUAGGGCCAUUCAAACCAUGGGAGUAACAAUGACAUGGGAGUAAUCGUGAAUGAGAGGACAUGGGAGUAA